AUGGACCAUACACCAGAGAGGCCCGUCCGGUCAGAGAAUGUCACGUUCGCCAUUGCACCCAACAACAUCCGGAGUCCACGUCGAAGUAGUAGGAUCAAGAAGAAUCCCUCCAUCACUCCGAAGCGUUUCACUCGAUUCUUCACGCCAAGAAUCCAGAAUGUAAAGCGUUCCACUCGAACCUCGAGGAAAGCCUUGCGAGAACUUUCUGCCGUUAACCUCAACAGUCGAUUAGGAGGUAGUCAUUCUCUGGGAGUCACUGUCGGCGAACAUGAAAACCCUCCGUCGAAAAAGAGAAAGCUCUCCUUCACGUCGAUAUCCUCUAUCCCGUCCUCACCAAUCAAAAUUAACUGUGGAUUUCCCAGCAGCACGGCGGGAGAUGGGGCGUCGGCAGAUGUGAAGGUCGACGAUGCUGCCUUUUACUCGGAGACGGAUGACGAGGAUGAAGAAGCAUCGCUGCGAUAUCCUCCACGGAUAGUUCGCUAUCAAUCCUCGAGCACCUCUGCAGGGUUGUUGUCACGACAACUUGGGAGAAGAAAAGAGAUAGCUUUUGGUAAUGAAAGCAGUCUAUGGCAGCAUGAAACUUCAAGAUUCUACAGUCUGCCAGAAGACCUCUUCACCAGUCCCUCGUUCGAUGUUCAACCUCGAGCGCUACCAUUCUGCGUUACCAGUUUCAACCACCAACAAUCUGUCGCGAUCGGAAAUGAGGAUGGUCUGGUCGAAAUAUACCAAGCUUCGGAACGGUCUCCCGAUAGUGCUCGGAGCUUACGACUUCAGUCUUGCAUGUAUCCUCAUGACAAUGCCAUAAUGGAUAUGGAAUUUUCACGUGAUGAUCGACUUCUCGCAACAGCGUCAGGAGACCAAACUUGUCGAAUAAUUGAUGUGGACACCCUAACCUCCACCCAUACAUUGAUUGGCCAUAUGGGGUCCAUAAAACGCGUGCAAUGGCAGCCUGGUUCGGGAGACCAAGUGCUUGCGACCUGCUCCCGAGACGGUAGUGUUGGGCUGUGGGAUCUCCGUUGUGGCCAACCGGUGGGAACAUUGGAACUCAUGCCCCUGCAACGGGCACCUCGCUUUCUUGAGACCAGCCGACAAGUCAACACUCAAGUCACGAUACGGGAUGCCCACACCUCUUGGGACAAGCUCAAACUCGUGAAUGGCAAGCGCCAAGUUGCUGGGUUAUCUUCCAGGGUUGAUUUUGCGGUCACCACCUGUGCAUUCAUCAGUGACACUCGUCCACAUAUGCUUGCGACUGCUUCGGAGCACAACGCCAUUAUCAAACUGUGGGACAUGCGUGCAUCAUACAAACAACGAUCCGGCAGACCUAAUCCGGUGUCUGCUACCCUUGAACCGGAGAGCCAUGAAACUAUUCGUCCCUUCGGCGUGACUGCCAUGACUACGAACACUGACGGUUCCAGGCUGUAUACUCUCUGUCGGGAUAAUACCAUCUACGCCUAUUCAACUGCUCAUCUCGUGCUCGGUGGAUGUCCAGAGAUGUCACCGACGUCGAGUCACCCUUUUCGAACCUCUCGCAAGGCGGGGCAGGGACUGGGUCCCUUGUAUGGCUUCCGUGAUCCUCUCCUGCGCUUGGGGUCUUUCUACGACAAGCUCGCUCUCCGCCGCAAGACAAGCGAGAAUACGGAACUCCUGGCGGCCGGCUCAGGCGAGGAUUGUGCAGUCAUAUUCCCAACCGACGAGCGUCAUCUGACAAAAGCUGCACGUCGUCGUCCUCCACCUGUCUCCCUCCUCGAUGCCUCAUCGCGCUCGACGCGACCUUCCCUGCCUCAGCGGACCUUAUCAAGUAACUUGCUCUCCAAUUCCUUACUGGCGCCAGCUCCCCUGCACGAGGUCAGCACGGAAGGCCAAUGUCCCAUCUACUAUACGGGCACGCCGCUCAUUAACGGCCAUAGAAAGGAAGUCACCGCAGUUGCCUGGGUCCAUCAGAACGGCCAACUCGUCACCGUUGCUGACGACUACACAGCAAGAUGCUGGUACGAGGACGAUCCAGACAAGGCGCGGGCGCUAAGGCUGAACACGGAGCGGGACGGGCGGAGAAGCCAGAGUGGGUGGGCAGCGGUCCGACAGGGAUUUGAUGACGACGAGGACGAUGACUGA